UUAUUGGACAUCAUGCGCCUCUUAUUGUGAAGUCUUGCAGGAAGUAGGUUUGGUCCGGAGUUGAAAACCGGCAGAACUGUGUGACUCCAUUUUAAUUGACUGUUUCCCUGAGAGACGUUGGACCUUCAGCAUGGCAUCAGACGAGCUCGCUAAGAAGCUGCAGUCGCGGCUGGCAGCUGCAGAGGAGGCCGAACAGAAUCCCGAGUCCGAACAGAUUCCGGUACCAGCCCAGUCCCACGAACCGGACCAUGCCUGUGGAGAUACGCCGUCCGAGCUGGCCACCAAACUCAACCGGAGACUGGACAUCAACGACGGGCACGCUCCUCCUCGGUCCUCCCGUGUGUUUAACCCCUACACUGAGUUUAAAGAGUUCUCCCGCAAACAGAUUAAAGACAUGGAGGCGAUGUUCAAACGGUAUGACACUGGAAAAGACGGCUUCAUUGACCUGAUGGAGCUGAAGCUGAUGAUGGAGAAGCUGGGAGCCCCACAGACUCAUUUGGGCCUGAAGAACAUGAUCAAAGAAGUGGAUGAAGACUUUGAUGGCAAACUGAGCUACAGAGAGUUCCUGCUGAUCUUCCGUAGAGCUGCAGCUGGAGAGUUGCAGGAGGAGAGCGGUUUGAUGGCCCUCGCCAGGCUCUCUGAGAUCAAUGUCUCCACUGAAGGAGUGAUGGGGGCCAAAGACUUCUUUGAAGCCAAGGUCCAGGCUUUGUCUCAGAGCAGCAAGUUUGAGGCAGAGAUUCGAGAAGAGAAAGAAGAACGCAAGAAGCAGGAGGUGGAGAAGAAAGAGCGUCAAGCUGCCUUCAAGCAGCUGCAGUCUGCCUUCUACUCGUGAUCUUCACAUCAGCAAAUCUACGUUAACGAGAUCGAAACCUAGCUUCCCACUCCACUCACACUGAAAGAAGCUACAUAACUCAGAACGAGAAGGUUGAAAAUGAAACCGAGAAAUAAUUCUAGUAAUUACAGUCUAAAAUACUUGAAACUAAACUUCCUAACAAUCACUGGUCACUUUUCCAGAUUUACUUCAGCUUUUCAACAAAACUCUAACAAUCAAAAACCCAGCUUCAGAUGUGUGAGACGCUUUAUCUCGUUAAGUUUCAGUUUCUCCUAAAGCUGUGUUCUUGCAAAUUAGUUUGGAAGGUUUCUCCCUGGUGGAAGUGGGUUUCCUUCAUUCUGUCUACACUGUGUUUUCUUCUGCCACUUGUGAAAUAUUUUAACAUUCCAGUUAUUUUUUAGGAUUAACGUGAACUAAUGUUUGUUUCACCUACAUGUGUUUGUAACUGCAGUGAUUUCCCUGCCUGAACGUUUACCACAGAGAAUCAGAAGUAUCAGUGUUUGAAAUAAGAUAUCAAAGCACUAAGUUCACAUUUUAAAUCAUUUGAAGUGCUCCAGUAUUUUUCAGGGAGAAAUAAUAAAAUGUGUUUUGCAGUAAUUUAAUGAUAGAAAUCCCGUAUCCCAGCCGUCUCGUUUAAACAUGUCUGUUCAGCACUGACACUGUCAUCCAUGUUGCAUCUCAGCUGCUUUAACUUCAACCAUCCUGUUGCUGAAGAGUUCAGCAGAUGAUUGAACCUCUCAUUUUAUAGCACAGAAACUUCUAGAUCAGAGCACAAAGCUAAUCAUUCUGGCUCUAUGGUGAACAGAAAGGCUUGUGGUCCCUAUUUUCUUGGUGGAUUCACUGAACAAACAGAGCGAUGUGAACAGUGGACUAUAUUUUUUAAAACCAUUUUUCCAAUACACAGGCAACCCGUAUUAAGGUGGAACCCACCAUCCCCCGUUAACCCAUCAACCUCUCUGAAGGGGACAAAGCAGCUGUGAGUUUUAGCCUUCCUCUUGUUAGCAACAGGCCAAAUAUUCAUAGGCAUGAAUUUCAUGGAAUCAGUAACACUGGUCAACUUUUAAGGAAAACACCCUGGAAGCGUAGAUUGAGGGACCCGGGCUACUGUAACAGCAGACCAGAUGAUCCCUCACUUCAUUUGGAAACAGAUGCUGGGAUUUAUCCACAUCCUCAGCUCAGAUUUGGUGUAAAACACGACUCACCCACUUUAGAUGUGAGUUGAUGCGCAGCUAAUUAAUGUACGUCAGCAAUGAGAAGCCAGAUGUCUGCAUGUCCUGCUUUAACUAAUGGGAAUUGAUCUUUGGCCUUUUUCAGCCGAUAGCAGAGUUCCCUUUAGUGUUGUUUAGCGAAGACAGGAAGCAUGCCCUUCCUUUGGAGAAUGCAGCUGUUAUUGCACCUGUGUCUCUGUUGCCAUGUGUCGCAAUCUGCUGAAACAUAAGGUCCAUUUCAGUUCCACAGAUCAGAGUCCAAAGGCUGUGGUGCAUCUGUAGCAGCAUGAUAGGGUUACAAACAGAUGGCUGUUCUUUGGUUAACCAUACAAUGUUUAAUGUGACUUUUCCAGUAUUCAUUGUGUUAAUGGACAAUGUGAUUUUUUUUUUUUUUUUAAGGUUAAAAUUGUCUUUGAUUUAUCCAAGAGUUAUAUGAUGCCAAAUGAAAAAUGGUGAGUAAAAUAUAUUUUUUGGCAGUUGUAAAGAAUAUGUUCUACCCUGUGUGGAAUGAACCCUUCUAACUUUAAUAAAGCUAUAAUAAAUAUGAGACUUGGCCUCAUUAA